AUGACUGACGGAUAUUCUCGCAUAUGUCAAAUUUGUCGACAAAGUUUCGCGAUGCAAGUGGAUCUUUUUAUUCACUAUAGAAGUGCUCAUUCUAUUUUAUGGAGAAAGAUGAAAAAUGAGCGCGUCCAGUGUCUAUUCAAAGGGGUUGCAGAUCGAACGAAGAAACCCUGUCUGCGUCAGUUUGCGAAUGCGCGUGGAGAACUUGGAGGCAAAGGUGUCUAG